GAAGGAAUGUUUUAACCUCGGGGCUUAACAACAUUUGAUGCAGUUAGAGCUGCAAUACAAUUUUGAGGCAACUCCAGCAGGUAUUAGAUGAAGUUUGAUUAAACUACCAGCCUGUUCGGCAGGCAGGGGAAGUUAAAAUGUAUGGACGAGCUCCUAGAGUGACCUUCCUGACCACAAGCGGCACUUCAUCUACAGUUGGCCCCGGCUCGUACGAUGUCAAGCUGCACAAUAGUAACAUAUCAGAUGGCUAUGCUCCAUUCCUGACCUUGACCAACAGACAGUCAAUAUUCAAACAGUCGAGUGAGAAGAUUCCAGGACCUGGACAGUAUGACUUCUCAGCUGUCAAGCUAAACAUCCACGGUGGCCGCAGUCUUCAGAACCGCUCCAAGCGUUUUGAUGAGGUAGUGUCGAUAGUUCCGGGCCCCGGGGCCUACAAUGUGCUGCCUGCCUCGGAAAAAACACACAGGGUCGUGACGGCUGAAGCAGUACAGGCUGAGAAGCUUGGCAGGAAAACGUGGCUGCAGGCUAAAAGUCUCGUUCGUCAGUCAGGUAUCCCAUCCAUUCCUUCCCCGGGCCAGGCCUAUGGCUACGAGGAGGAUGGCCUGGGUGUGCUCCUCAAGCAGCCACCCCCUACCAAGGACAGAACCCUGGGGCCAGCCUACUACAAUCCACUUCUGUCAGAGAAGAGUUCUGCACUGAAGUAUAAAGGAGUCCACUUUGGCAACAUGACAGGGAAGAGAGGUGAGCUGACAGUGGAGGAGGGACCGGGUCCAGGACAAUAUUACCCUGAGAUAAACGUAGAAAUGCACUAUGAGAAUGUGAACCUUCAAAAGGAGCAAAAAAGGAGAGAUGAGCUUGUCAUCCCUCGCUACCAUGAACUGGUGCCCAAGCUAGAGGAAAAGAAGGGAGUUCCUGGUCCGGGCCAUUAUCACAUCAGAAGUGAGUUUGAGAAGCCUGUGAUAUCCAGCAGUAACCUGCCAAAGCUCACCUGCCCGUUCCUCUCUCAGACUGAGAGGUUUCGUCCCCUGAAAGAAGAGUCGCCCCCUGUUGGUGUUUAUAAUGACCCACGUUCUGCCCUGGAGCUGCUGAAGAGGACCACGGGAGUGAAGAAAAGCCCAUUUGGCAUCACCGCAGUGCGCUUCACUCGUAACCACAAAAAAUACUCCACGCCAGGUCCAGGGUCCUAUAAUAUGUUUGAGCAUGGUUUAGCCAGGGAGAGUUUUAAAAAGGCAGUUUCAGAGAGAACCAGGAAGGGAGGCUUUGGCUCCACUGCUCAACGCAACUCCUUCCUUCACAACAAGGAAUCGAUAGAAGCCCCAAGUCCUGGACUGUAUGAGACAGAAAAAAAGACUGAGGAGAACUACAAAAAGCAGCACACGGCGGUUUUCAAAUCAGCCACAGAACGUCUGGCACUGCCGGCUAAAGAUUCCCCUGCACCCAACAGUUACAAUGUGAGUCACAUAUUUGAGAAGGCUAAUGGCCGCUCUUACUUAGAACCCCGAAACGAAGGAGCUAAGAAACGACAGAGCUGCUUCCUCUCUGCUGCACCGCGGGAUAAUUUCUUCCUCCAAUGUGACCCUGCUGUACCAGGCCCUGGCCAGUACAGCCCCCGAGUGAAAUCCUUCCCUCAAAUGGCUCUGAUCUCCUCCAGAGAAGAUCGAUUCAAAGUCUCCAUGGACACCAACCCCGGACCAGGCGCUUAUCAGUUGAGUCCAGGCCUAAUGAACACUGUACUGAAGGGCACCUUCAAUGUGACCCUCAACAACCCUCUGGGUCCCUGCUGUUCCCCCCGUGUGGCCCCUGGCCAUUUCACGGCCCAGAAGACCAUUAACACUGUCGCUCCCAACACCUCCAUCACCAGCAGCACUUCUUAGAGCUCUUUGUGGGUCAAAGUUUAGAGGUGAAAGGCAGCAGUUUGGAGGAGGAUGACUGCUUUUUAUUCAAUGUUGCAAAGUGAAAUAACGACAACAGACACUGAAUCUACAGCUGAUGGUUCCCUCAUUCUUUACUCACAGUAAUGACAAGCUUGACACACUGAUUCAGCUGUUUUUGUGGAUCAGUUCCCCCUGCAUGACCACUUUGUUAAUCAAUAACAAUUAAAAAGCUAUUAGU